GUUUUGCUCUGCGCAAUAGAGCAGUCGAUCGUAAUUGACGUUUACGCUCGUCGUGUAAAUAAGUGUUUAAUGUCGCAUUGAUACACGUGCUGUUUUACUACUGACAACUAUAAAAGUGUUUAUAGGCCUAUUACGAAGAAACAACCCCCAAAAUGUCUAAGCCGGUACAGGGUUUGAGUGAUGAUCAACGUAUGGCUUUGAUGAAGUUUCGACGGAAAGUAUCUGAUAUUAUUAAUAAAGAAGAUCAUGACGAUUAUUUUUUGAUGCGAUGGCUUAAAGCAAGGAAUUGGAACUCGGAUGCCGCCGAGAAAAUGCUGCGUGAUUCAAUGAGUUGGCGGGUAUUUUGGAAAGUAGACACACUCAAAGACUGGAAAGCACCUGAGGUUCUAGUAAAAUAUUUUCCAAGUGGACUUUCCGGAUAUGAUAAGGACGGAGCUCCCGUUAUAAUUCUUCCAUUCAUUGGAUUGGACAUAACUGGACUUCUGCAUUCGGCUAAUAAAAAUGAUUUCUUCAGAACAGUUAUUCUGUAUUUAGAAAAUUACUUAGAGAUUGCAAAACAACAGAGAAAAUUACAUGGAGAAGCUGCAAGUCAGGUUAUUGGAAUCAUCGAUAUGGAAGGGUUUAGCAUAAAACCAUUUUUAUGGAGGCCUGCUGCGGAAGCUGUGAUAACUUUAAUAAAAAUGUAUGAAGCUAACUAUCCUGAAAUCCUAAAAAUAUGUUAUAUUAUUAAUGCACCAAAGGUAUUUAGUUUAGCAUUCAAUGUGGUCAAAGGCUUUAUGAAUGAAAUAACUAUUAGCAAAAUUCAAAUAAUGGAUACUAAUCGCAAUAAAUGGCAAAAGGCUAUCUUGAAACAAGUUCCUGCUUCGCAGUUACCAAAACACUAUGGUGGAGAGCAGGUUGAUCCAGAUGGUGAUCCCAGAUGUCCAAGCAGGAUAAGACAAGGCGGAAAAGUUGACAAAGAAUAUUAUCUAGAAAAUGUAGAUGGACCACAGGAGGAUUACCAGGAAGUCACAAUCAAUAGAGGGGAUAAAUUUACUAUAGAUUUUCAUUGUAGUGAAUCUGGAUGUUUCUUGAAAUGGGACUUUAAAACUGAAGGUCAUGAUAUUGCCUUUGGAGUUGAAAAGAAAAAUAAAGAUGGAUCCAAAAAUGUUGUGAUACCUACAGCAAGAGUUGGUGCUAACCAUUUUGACGAAAUUGGCUUUAUUGAAACGGAACCUGAUAAUACAUAUACAGUCAUAUUUGAUAAUUCGUACUCAGUGCUGAGAAAUAAGAAACUGCAGUAUUCAGUAAUGCUGACACCUCCAGUCAAUCCUGAAAUUACAAAUCAAGAAAACGAAAUUUCUUCAUUUUAAGUGUGAUUCAAAGUUACAAAUGUUUAUCUAAUAAAUAAGAUGUUAAGCACUAAGACAA